AUGGACAAUAAUAACAACCAACACCAAAAUAAAGAAUCGAAGAACAGCUUAGAUGUAGAUUCGAUUUCUAUUUCAACUUUAUCUCCUUAUCCUUCUCCUUGUCCUUCACCAUCAAUGUAUCCACAAGAUGAUAAUGGUGAUAUAAAUAAAAUGAAUAUAGCUAAUAAUAAUUGUGAAAGUACAAAGGAAUUAACAAGUCGUGGUUCUAAAUUUCGUGUAGCAGUAAAAGGGGCACAUUGUAUAGCUCAAAGUUUCGAAGAGUUUUGUCCAGUAAUCAAAACAUUCUUUUCAUUGGGAAAUGAUAUUUUAUUGUUGUAUGAAAAGGCUGAACAUAAUAAAGAAUUAUGUAGUGUCCUUUUGAAAAGAUGUAAUUGUGCAAUUGCUGCAGUAAAUGAUUUAAUUGUUAGAAAAACUGAAAACAAAUGGUUUUUUUCUAAAAACGAAAAUUUAAUCUUGUUUAAGGAGUUCACUAAAUGUAUGAAAAAAAUUAAAAAAUUUAUUGAAAAUAUUAGUCACUUAAACAAACUUCAAAAAUUUUUUCAAACCAAUGACAUCAACGAAACUUUUAAAAAACUUACGACGGAAUUUGACGCAUAUAUGAAUAGCUUACAAUUUUCUAUGACUGCAGAAACUAGAGAUGAUUUGGCAACAAUAAAAGAUGACGUAAGCCAAAUGAAAGAUAUUUUACUCCAUGUUCAUGGCGUAACCGAUAACCAACAAGGUUUUCUUAAUGGAAUGGAUUUAGUAACCGAGAAAAACAAAGAGUUUCAAAAACAAAGCAAAUCUAACUCAAGCACGAAUUCACCUGAAUUUAUAACAAAUGUUGAAGCAAAAGAACCAUUACUUAAUAUUAGUAAAUAUCAAAGGACAGAUAUUUGUCCUUCAAAAAGGAUUAAUAAACGUACAACAUACAUAGAUUGUACGGAAGUUUCAUUUAAAGAAUUUUCUAAUACUACGUCUUCCGAAGUGCAAACUCAGAUUGAAAUCAGAAGGCAAGUCAAUAUUCUGAAGGAAUUAAAAAAUUCUGAUCAUAUUAUUAGAUUUUUUGGUGUGGCUCAAGAGGAUUCCAAAUUUUAUUUGGUUACCGAAUGGAUGGAACAUGGAAAUUUAUUUGAAUAUUAUACCACUUUUAAGGAUAAUAUGAAUUGGGAAACAAAGAUAAGAUUUGCUUUAGAUAUUUGUCGUGGCGUUGCGUAUCUUCAUGAAUGUGAGAUUCUUCAUCAUGAUAUUCAAUCAACAAAUAUUUUAGUAAAUAAAAAUCUCAAGGCUAGAAUAGCAAACUUUGGUCUAAGUAAAAAAUUUUCAGAAUCUACAAGAAAUAUCUCACAUAAUUUAGAAAAUAUAAGCGUUGGAGCAUUAUUGUGGGAGAUUGCAGAAUUAAAAAAGCCUCAUUCUGAUCUUAACAAAUCAGAAAUUCUUGGUAGCAUUAGAAAACGUAUACAAGAAAAUUAUUAUGAACCAUUUUCAGAUAAUGUGCCUGGUGAAUGGAAGCAAAUUGUAUCUACUGCAAUGGAAUACGAACGUGAUUGGCGUUCUAAUAUUUCUGUUAUUUGUCGACAACUUUACAAAUUACAGAAUUCAAAUACACACUCCCGUUCACACAGCGGUUCUAAUUUUUUAAAUUGUGAAAAUGAAAUCCUAACACCUUCUGAGGACAAUAAAGUAAAUUUAUCUGCAAAAAAUAAUCAAAGUGCAACUACCGUUUCACCAUCCAUAACUAUAAAUAUUCUCGCUACUGUGGAUGACGCAAUUCGCGAACACAAAUCUAAUAAUGGAAUUAAACUAGUUGCAUGGAAUAGUUUUAAAUAUCAUUCAAUGACCAGUGUUGAGGCAAAGUAUUGGGUAGGAUAUUAUUACUUUUACCAUGGUGAAGAUAUACCCGAAUUACAAUCAAUUAGCAAGAAAGAAAGAACAAAAUAUGCCAAUGAAAUAUUUAAAGAAACCGCAGACAAAGGAAAUUCCUCCGCUCAAUUAAGAUAUGGAAUGCAUUUAUGGCAAGAGACGAAAAAUUACAUUGAGGGUUUUAAAUAUUUACAGAUGUCAGCUGAUUCAAAAGAUGAUGUUGCUAUGUAUAUUGUUGGAAAAGUUUAUUGGGGUGGUAUUCAUGGUAUUGAACAAGAUAAGACACGAGGUGCCGAAUAUUUAAAAAGUGCUGCUUUGGCAAAUAAUUCUAAAGCUAAAGAAUUAUAUAAUGAAAGAACCACGGAUGAUUGUGAAAGUACAAAGGAAUUAACAAGUCACGGUAAUAAAUUUCGUAAUGGAGUAAAAGGGGCACAUUGUAUAGCUCAAAGUUUCGAAGAAUUUUGUCCGAUAAUCAAAAAUUUCAUUUCAUUGGGAAAUGAAAUUGUAUUAUUGUAUGAAAAAGCCGAAUAUAAUAAAAAAUUUUGUAGUAUCCUUUUAAAAAGAGUUAAUAGUGCAAAUGCUGCAGUCAAAGAUUUAGAAAUUAGAAAAACCGAAAAUCAACAGUUUUUUUCUAAACAAGAAAAUUUAAUAUUGUUUAAAUCGUUUACGAAUUGUAUAAGAGAAAUCAGAAACUUUAUUGAGGAUAUUAGUUAUUUAAGCAAACUUCAAAGAAUUUUUCAAACCUAUGAUAUCAACGAAACUUUUAAUAAUCUUUCGAAGGAAUUUGACGGAUAUAUGAGUAAUUUACUUGUUUCAAUUGCUUUAGAAUCUAGAAAUGAUGUUGCAACAAUAAAGGAUGAUGUGAAAGAAAUUUUGAAAAGUGUUCAUGGCGUCUCUGAUGAUAAUCAACAAAAAUUUCCUCAAAGGGAUGGAUCGAAAGAAAAUGAACCAUUACUUGAUGGCAGUCAAUAUCGAAGGACAAAAGUUUGUCGUUCUAAGAGGAUUGAAAAACGAACAUCAUCCAAAAAUUGUACUGAAGUUUCAUUUAAGGAAUUUUCAAAUAAUGCAUCUUCUCAAAUUCAAAAGGAAGUCAGAGUACAAGUCAAUAUUCUAAAAGAAUUAAAAAAUUCUGAUCAUAUAAUAAGAUUUUUUGGUGUGGCUCAAGAUGAUUCCAAAUUUUAUUUGGUUACCGAAUGGAUGGAACAUGGGAAUUUACAUGAAUAUUAUACCAAAUUUAAAGAGAAUAUGAAUUGGGAAACUAAAAAAAAAUUUGCUUUAGAUAUUUGUCGUGGUGUCGCGUAUCUUCAUGAAUGUGAGAUCCUUCAUCAUGAUAUUCAAUCGACAAAUAUUUUAGUAAGUCAAUAUCAUAAGGUUAGAAUAGCAAACUUUGGUCUAAGUAAAAAAUUUUCAGAUGCUACAAGAAGUAUUUCACAUAAUUUAGAAAAUAUAAGCGUUGGAGCAUUAUUGUGGGAAAUUGCAGAAUUAAAAAAACCUCAUUCUGAUCUUCAUAAUUCAGAAAUACUUAAUAAAGUUAGAAAACGUAUACGAGAAAGAUAUUAUGAGCCAUUUUCAAAUGAUGUGCCCCACGAAUGGAAGCGAAUAGUAUCUGCUGCUAUGGUAUACGAACGUGAUUGGCGUUCUCAUAUUUCAGCUAUUUGUCGCGACCUUUAUGAAUUGACGAUGGAACAUCAGUCAGAUAAAUCUCGUCAAAAUAGCGGUUUUAGUUUUCCAAACAAUGAAAAUGAAGCCUCGACACCUUCGGAGGAUCAUAAAGUAAAUUUAUCAGCAAAUAGUAAUCAAAGUGCAAUAUUUUCAUCAAUUUUUACAAUCCUCUCUGUUGACGAUGCAAUUCACGAACACAAAUCUAAUAAUAAACAAGUUGCAUGGAAUAAUUUCAAAUUUCACUCAAUGACGAGUGUUGAGGCAAAAUAUUGGGUAGGGUAUUAUUAUUAUUAUAAUGGUGAUGAUAUACCCGAAUUACAACCAAUUAGUGAGGAAGAAAGAACCAAAUAUGCCAUUGAAAUAUUUAAAGAAACUGCCGAUAAAGGAAAUUCAUCUGCUCAAUUAAGAUAUGGAAUGCAUUUAUGGCAAAAGGAAAAAAAUUACAUUGAGGGUUUGAAAUAUUUAAAAAUGUCAGCCGAUUCAAAAGAUGCUGUUGCUAUGUAUAUUGUUGGGAAAGCUUAUUGGAAUGGUAUAAAUGGUAUUGAAAUAGACAAGACACUAGGUGCCGAAUAUUUAAAAAGAGCUUCUUUGAAUGGUCACACUAAAGCUAAAGAAUUAUGUAAUGAAUAUGAAAUUUCAUAA